CUGGCGGGGAUCGUCUCCGCCCGCUUGACGACCGUGUUCCGGCGUCUGACCAUCCAGAACGCGACCGCCAGGGCCGUGAUCCCAAUAGCCCCCAUCGUAAUACCGACCCCGAGGCCGAUCCUGGCUGCCGUUCCUAGCCCAUCGCCAGAGGAUGCGGAGCUGCCGCCCGAAGCAGCUGAAUCAUCCUUGCUCCCCCCCGAAGCUGUAGUGGUUGCCGCGGCACUGGAAGCUGAGGCAGAAGAGACGAGUGUCGAUGUUGACAGAGAGGUGCUCUCUGUGGGACCCCCGAGCGUGAUCUCCCCCGUCCCUUCUGACCCGGUCGUCGGGUUCGACCCGGAGCUUGAACCAGUCGUGGAUAGCGAGGAGGUCACCUCCGAUGAUGAAGAGGGCGUCGUCGAGGAAGAGCUAGUCGAGGAGCUAGUAAUUGAGGCGCCGAGGCUGAAUGUCGAGGCUGUUGCUCUCUUCCCGCUGGCUACCUUGAACCAGCCGCUGUUCCAGCCUAUGUCAUUUGGAUUUUCUUUACUUCUCAGGUUGAACCAGCAACUGUCCGAGCUCGUGUAA